AUUCUUUCUGUCUGUUUCUCUGCCUGUCUCUCUCUACCUGGGUACUUACCUCUCUGUCUAUCUCUCUCAGCUUUAGUAUUUCUCAUCUUCAAAUUAAUGUCCUUUACAGCUCUAACAUCCUGUUGCUAAAAGCUCUUAAGAUUACAUUCUUUUGGAGCAUCUGGGUAACACAGUGAAUAGAGCACCAGGACUAGAGUUGAGAGGAUUUGGGUUCAAAUAUGCCCUCAAAUACUUCCUAGCUGUGUGACCGUGGACGAGUCAUUUAACCCCAUUGCCUAGCCUUUGCCAUCCUUUUGUCUUAGAACUUAUACUAAGACAGACACUAAGGGGGUGUCUGAAGAACAGAUGACAAAGAGGACUGACUCCUGAGGCCUGAUUCCCCAACAUUUCACCUGCUGAUGCAGCAAAUCUGACUCUAUGGCUUCUUAUUUACUCAUGAGAAUAUGUUUUAUCUUAUACUUGACUUCUUUGAUUUCCACAAAUGAUUCAGAGUUUGCAGUCUUCCAAUGCCAGAAAAAAGUAACUGUUUGUAAAAAUGACGAGGCUACAUUAACCUGCAGCUCCACUCAGAAAUUUGAUGGGAUAGAAUUAUAUUUCCAUCAAGAGGACAAGAACAAAAACCGACUCCUCUUCAACAUGACUGGAGUUGGAAAGUCUUUUCAGCAUGGAAUGCAAUUUGAACUUCAGGAGAAAGUGGCCACGUUGGUGAUUAGGAACAUCCAAGUUUCCCAUCGGGGAUCUUACCAGUGGGUUCUUAUGGGCAAAGGAUCUUCAAACAAAUACACCAAACUAGAUGUUUUAGAAUCCCCUACUAUUUCCAAGGAGAAUGACACCCUGAUCUGUCAAGCAAUUCCGAGAAGUCAGAGGAGGAUAACUUGGUCCAAUGAUCUGCCAGAGUUCACAACCAAUCCAGAUACCACAGGUCUACUCAACCUCAGUAUCUCUCAAUCUUGGGAUGAUAGUUUCAAUGAUAAUCCACCCUGCUGUAAAAUCAUAGAAGAAGAGGACUCCCAAGAACUUUGUGCAGAAACUUGCUAUCACACUAGUACCUUUGCAAAACCAAUCUCAGGUAUUCCAGAGACACUCCAAAGAAAGAUUGUAUUGUGGCCUCUAUUAAUCAUCUCAAUUCUAAUUGCAAUUCUGUUUCUUGGCCUCAUAUGGCAUAAAAAAAUGAAAAAUAAAUCCAGUUGUUUUUUCAGAAAUGGACAUUAAUGACCUUAUCUUGGAAGAAGAAAUGAAAUAAGUCAUAAAGGAGCUCCUUAAGAACAAAAACAAACCACGGAACCUAGGAUUUACAAGUGAAUUUUGUAAAAAAAUUAAACAAUUAAUUUUUAGGGAGCAUGGAAUAAUUUACUUGUCAGAUAUAAGGAUGAGAAGAAUUUAUGAUCCAAGAAGACUUACAUGAAUAAAAGGUCUAAUUUCUCAAAUACAUAAAGAUCUAAGUAAAAUUUGUAAGAAACCAAGUCAUUCCCCAUUUGAUAAAUGGUUAAAGGAUAUGAAUAGGCAGUUUUUGAAUGAAGAAAUCAAAGUUCAUAUAAAAAUGUUCUAAAUCCCUCUUGAUUAGAGAAAUGUAAAUGAAAACAACCCUGAGGUAUCAUUUUACACCUAGCAGAUUGGCCAAUAUGACAAUAAAGGAAAAUAAUAAAUGUUGGAGGGGAUGUGGCAAAAUUGGGACACUUUGGGGACAAAUUGGGACAUUGCUGAUGGAGUUGUGAACUGGAAGAAUUCCAUUCUGGAAGGCAAUUUGGAAUUAUGCCCAAAGGACUUUAAAAAAAUGCAUAUCUUUUGAUACAGCAAUAUCACUACUAGGUCUCUAUCUGGAUGAGAUAAAAAAUUGGGAAAGGACCUGUUUGCACAAAAAAUAUUUAUAGCUGCCCCUUUUGUAAUGGCAAAGAAUUGGAAACUAGAGAUAUGUCCCUCAGCUGGGGAAUGGCUGAACAAAUUGUGAUAUAUAAUGGUGAUGGAAUACUAUUGUGAUAUAAGGAAUGAUGAAAAGAGUGAUUUCAUAAAGAUUCAGAAAGACCUACAUGAAUUUAUGCAGAGUGAAAUAAGCAGAACCAGGAGAUCAUUAUACUCAGUAACUGAAAUAUUGUGGGACAAUAAAAUGUGAUAGAUUUUGCUACUAAUAGCAAUACAAUAAUCCAAGACAAUUCUGAGGGAUUUAUGAAAAAGAAUGCUAACUGCCUCUAGAGAAAGAACUGUUGCAGUAGAAAUGCAAAUGAAUACAUACGAUUUAUCAUUUGUUUAUUUGGGUAUAUGAUUUGGGGUUUGGUUUUUUUAAGAUUAUUCUCUUUAAAAAAUAAUAUGCCAGGAAGUGAUGCAGAGCGAGAGGAGCAGAACCAGGAGAACAUUGUACACAGAGACUAAUACACUGUGGUAUAAUCGAACGUAAUGGACUUCUCCAUUAGGGGCGGUGUAAUGUCCCUGAACAACUUUCAGGGAUCCAGGAGAAAAAAAAAACACCAUUCAUAAGCAAAGGAUAAACUAUGGGAGUGGAAACACCGAGAAAAAGCAACUGCCUGAAUACAGAGGUUGAGGGGACAUGACAGAGGAGAGACUCUAAAUGAACACUCUAAUGCAAAUACUAUCAACAAAGCAAUGGGUUCAAAUCAAGAAAACAUCUAAUGCCCAGUGGACUUACGCGUCGGCUAUGGGGGGUGGGGGGGAGGAAAAGAAAAUGAUCUAUGUCUUUAACAAUAAUGCUUGGAAAUGAUCAAAUAAAAUAUAUUAAAAAAAAAAUAAUAUGAAAAUGUGUUUUCAGUGAUAAUGAAUAUAUAAACCAGUAGGGUUGCUUUUCAGCUUCUCAUGAAUCAUAUAACUUUGGGAAACUUAUGUGUAAAUUUGUUAUUGAAAUAAAAAAUAAAGAUAAAUUUUUAAAAUUAAAAAUUUAAAGUUUCCAUCCCCAAAAAAACAACCCAAAACUACGUAUGUCCGUUUACCCAGCAAUAUCAUUAUUAGGUCUGUAUCCCAAAGAGGUCAAAGAAAAUGGAAAAGGACCUAUACGUAUAAAGCUAUUUAUAGCAACUCUUUUUGUGGUGGCAAAGAAUUGGAUAUUGAGGGAAUACAUACCUAUUAGGGAAUGGCUGAGCAAGUUGUGGUAUAUGAUUGUGAUUAUUAUGUUAUAAAUGACAAGAAGGAUAUUGUUGUUUUUUCAAACCCUUACCUUCCACCUUAGAAUCAAUACUAUGUAUUGGUUCUAAGGCAGAAGAGUGGUAAAGGCUAGGCAAUGAGGAUUAAGUAACUUGCCCAGGGUCACAUAGCUAGGAGAUGUCUGAGGCCAGAUUUGAACCCAGGAACUCCUGUCUCAAGGCCUGGCUCUCAAACCCUGAGCUGCCCAGCUGCCCCUAAGAAGGAUAGUUAUAGAAAAACCUGGGAAGAAUUAUGAACUGAUGCAAGAUGACAUAAACAGAAUGAGGACAAUAUUGUACACAGUAACAAUAAUCAACUAUGAAAGACCACGCUGAUCAAGAGAAUAAUCCAAGACAAUGGCAAAGGAUUCAUGAUGAAAAAUUCUAUCCAUCUUUGAAAAGAGAGAACUAAUGAACUCUAAGUGCAGACUGAAGCAUAUUUUAUUUUCCUUGCUUUUUUUUGGUAAUGUGGCUAAUAUGGAAAUAUAUUUUGCAUGACUUCACAUGUAAAAUUGAUAUCAAAUUGCUUGUUUCCUUAAUGGUUGGGUGAGGACCUCAAUGGAGGGCAAAAAUU